AAUUUGGGUGGACCACGUGAGCAAGAAGAUUAUACCUGCGUUCUACGCAUAUCUCCAAGCGCAAGAGCCCGAUAAACAGGAAGAAGGAAAGAAAAGACUACUGGGAGGGUUGGAAAAAUACGUAAGAGCAAUGGCCCCGUCAUCCUCUGGACCCUACUUUUUCGGCAAGCAAUUCACGGUCGCCGAUAUUGUGUUGAUUCCAUGGGUAUUGCGAUUCUCCUCUGUCAUGAAGAAGUACCGCAACUUUGAGUUGCCUACCUCAGGAGGGGAAGGGGAUGUAUGGACGCGAUUCAAGGAGUGGGAGGACGCUGUUAUCAAUAGGGAUAGUGUGAAAAACACCAGCUCCGAGGAAGCCAGGUACUUCGAUGUUUACAAGAGGUAUGCGGAUAAUACCACACAGAGUGAAGUGGCUAUAGCGACGAGAGCCGGAAAGGCCCUUCCUUAG